AGGAAGAAAACCAAAUUCAUUGCCUGUGAUUUCCUGACCGAGUGGCUGUACAACCAGAAUCCAAAGAGGGCAGGAGAACCAUUCACAGAAUUCUUCUCCAUUCCAUUUGUAAAGAAAUGGCUCCAAUGCCACCCUCGACCACCAAUCCCUCUCUCCCUGCUACUGACAGAAGAAGAAGCUGCAAUCAGCAUCCAGUCCUUCUGGAGAGCCUAUCUGGUUCGCUGUGACCCUGAGAUUCAGGAGCUGCGGCAGUGGCAGAAGAAGCUGCGUGAGGACAAGCACAUCCGCCAGCGUGUGAAGAUCUUCUGGGCUAAACAAGAACACAAAAUGAAAUGUAAAAUGGAGGACGAGGAAGUGCCUGCUGCCCCAGUGCCGCCAUCUCCUUAACUGAUGUCAGUCACUCACUGCAAACCCUACCGCACAUCCCUAUUACAGUUUCUUUAAGAAGCCCUAGCAUGGCAGAUAUAGAGCCCUUUGCACACGGCCAGGUUUGCUGGAGACAAGCUUAAGUACAGUUUAGGAAAACAUCCCUUAGCUUCCUGCCUUACCCCAAAUGCUACUUUUCGAUCCACUUCUCCACCGUGUCAGGCAUCCCCUUCUGAGGCACCGCAGUUGAAACGCCCAGUGAUGGUGUCCCUGUCAUCAGUUUUCCCACUUCUGCCAAGAUCCGUAUUUUGAUUUAUCUCAAAUCUCUGUGAUAGUUCUGUCUUGGUUUUCUUGUUGACUUAACAAAUGAGGCAAGGCCUGAGACCUGAGCUGUGUUUCCAGCUCAAGAAGAGAUCGUAGUUGCAUAGGAUUUCCAUCGUCAAAGCCCCCAAAGUGUUAACAGCAAAUGGUCAUCUGUUCUGUGGCUGCUGCUCACCAGGAUUCUCUCAUUCGAAAGGUCCCAGACACGGCUGGAAGAUUCUAUGGUAAUACUGGACUGUUUGACAAGCUACCACAAAUCUUAGGUAAAUAGUAAAGCCUUUAUUUUCUUGUUAAGAACAGCAUUUUGAAAAUAAAACCUAUCUGCCCAUGCUUAACAA